CUUGAGGUAAAAAAAAUGACGCUCGUUUUAGCGGGAAUCAGUAUGUAAACAAAUAUGGCGACGCAGGUCUUUUAAGUUGCAUUUAAAAUAUUUAUUUACGCAAACAGUUGAAUUAAAGAAAAACAUAAAUUUGACCACUUAGAAAUUUUAUUGAUUAAAAUUUUUAAAUAAAUUGAAUGAUUAAUAAUUUAUUUUAAGUAUUGCAAAGUCACACAAAAGAAAUAUAUAAAACGUAAAGAAUAAUGAGCCGCCAAAUGAAAUCAACAGUAAAGUAUGAGAAAGAUAAUAUUAUUGAAGGAAGAGUCAUCAGACGGUCAGCGCGCCUGCUUCCUGAGUCUCAACAAAAGAAAUUAUUAAAUGAGGAGCUGGAAAAUAAUAAAGAAGUUGAUAUUUCAUCAUUACCACCUAUUCAUUUUACCGGAAAAAUUUAUUAUGCUACAGAUUUUGAAGGUUGUGCUAAUAUUUGCGACCAAGUUAUAGAACGAAUUAAUAAAUUUGCAAAGGACAUCGUACCAAUAGGAUUCGACCUGGAGUGGCCGUUUAGUUUCCAAACAGGGUCUGGUAAAACCGCGUUGGCUCAAGUUUGUGUUUCUGAACAAACUUGUCAUUUGUUUCACAUUUACAAUUUGAAAAAAUUGCCAGCUUCGUUUAUUUUACUAUUGAGUCAUCCAAAAGUCAGACUUGUUGGUGUUAAUAUAAAAAACGAUUGUUGGAAAUUAGGUCGAGAUUUUCCAGAGUUUCCAGCCCAGAUAGUUGUUGAGAAUAAUUGCAUCGACUGUGGACCUUUUUGCAACAAAGUAUACAACCGGUCAGGCCGAUGGAGCCUACAGCGACUCACGGCUUAUUUACUUCAAAAGCAAAUAAGCAAGGAUGCGAAAGUUAGAAACAGUAAAUGGCAUAUUUUACCGCUCAGUGAUGCACAAAAGAGUUACGCUGCCACGGACGCUUAUGUUUCUCUGUUGCUCCAUUUAACCAUCCAAAAGAAGGCCGAAGAAAUUGAACGCCUGAACAUAACCGAUCAGUCCGAUGUUCAAGGAGAUGCAGUGAUCAAGGAGGACGAAGCGGAACAAGAGUUUAAGGAAAAUUUGCCUGCUGAUUUAAGCGAGUCGUUUGAAGAACCGUUUGAAGAGCAAAAUUGUUUAAUAGAUCAUGAUAAUUUGGAUCAAGAGCGCAAAGAACUCAAGGAUUCAUAACCGUUUACUUUUUUUAAUAUGUCAAUAGACUAAUUAAAAAAUUAGAAC